CGGAAAUGCCCUAGAGCACCAGGAACUGGCAGAAGGUUAAAAGUCCAACAUGGCGUCGCGCGGUGUGUUAGGGUCUAUCUGGAUUUCGUUAUCUGGUGUUAAAGGUGUUGCUAGCAGAGGGAGUCUAAAUGUUGCGAAGAGGAUUAAUAUUUUUCCCCAACUUCCAACUUUUGUAAAUAUUCAGACGAGAGGAAUCCGUGAGGUGGUGGAAAAGCAAGACGGCAAAACGACAAUCAUUGAGGGGGUGAUGGUGGAGUCGCCCGCAGGUUUGGAGCCCCCCAACUCCACAGCUAAGUGUCCCAUUUACCGCUGGAACCUGCAGAACAAGUACAACUACACGGACGUUCUCCUGCUCAGUCAGUUCAUCCGGUCGGACGGAGGAAUGCUGCCUCGACGAAUCACAGGCCUCUGUGCUGAUGAGCACCGCAAGGUCUCCGCCUGCGUCCAGAUGGCCUUCAGAGCAGGUCUCCUUCCUGACCACAAGCCCAAACUACCCGAGGGCCAUGUUCCAAAGAGGCCUAAGCCCCAGCUCAACAGGUACCUGACGCGCUGGUCGGUGGACUCUGUAAAGCCCAUCUACCGGUCUGGUCUGAAGUGGUGCAAGAAAAGAGUUUCUGUCGGCCAUGUUGCUCUUAGUGACAACAUACGCUAUGGCAAGAAGCCCCUGUACCUCAAACACUGACCCCUGUACCUACAACACUGACCCCUGUACCUACAACACUGACCCCUGUACCUACAACACUGACCCUAGCCCUGACCUACAACCUUGACCCCUGAACCUAGCCCUGACCUCCAACCUUGACCCCUGACCCUAGCCCUGACCUCCAACCUUGACCCCCUGAGCCUAGCCCUGACCCCUGUACCUCAAACACUGCCUGUCUUCAAGAAUGGCCCUCUCAUUUUGGAUUGGUCCGUUGAACUUUCAGGAGACUCCAUUGGAGUGCAGCUGUUCGUGUAUUGAUUUAUUGUCGGGCCAGAGGUCAUCUCCACACCUUCAAACAGCCAGACCAGUUACUGUUUCUGCUUCUCUUUGAAGAUGCUCAGAAGAUGAACUCUUAACUCUGCCACAGCCUUGUGGAAGCCAGUCCUGUCUCACAGCUUCGAUGUAGGUGGGAUGUGAAGCAUGUGUACGUAACAUCAACCCAGAUGUGCAAAUAAAACGUAUCCGUUUACUCCA